UGUAAAAAUAAUCCAAAUAAUUCUUCUACAACUAAAAUUCAAAAACAUAUUCCAUAUUGUUUUACAAUUUAUUUAGUUAAUAGAGCAGAAAAUAUAUUUUAUAAACCAAUUUGUUAUAGAGCUAAAAAUAAAGAUGAAUUAGAAAAAAUUCCAGAAUAUUUAUUUGAAAAUUUAGAAAAAAUUGCUAAAAAAAUAGCAUACAAAUAUAAUUCUGAAAAUCAAAUUCCAAUGGAAUUAACUAAAUAUGAAGAAAUAAAAUUUCAAAAAACUAAAAUUUGUCAUAUUUGUGAAAAACCUUUUAAUGAUGAUAUAAAUUAUGAAAAAGUGAAAGAUCAUUGUCAUCUAAGUGGAAAAUAUAGAGGUGCAGCACAUAAAAGUUGUAAUUUGAAUUUUAAACUUCCACAAACUAUACCUAUUUAUUGUCAUAAUAUGAGUGGAUAUGAUACUCAUUUAUAUAUAAAAGAGUUAUCUAAAAAAUAUAAAAAGGUAGAUCUUAUAGCUAAUACUGAUGAAAAAUAUAUUAAUUAUUCUAUUAAUUCAGGAUAUGGAUAUGAAUUUGGUGAAGAUAAUAAACCAAGAAAAAAUAUAAAAUUUUCAUUUGUUGAUACAUUCAGAUUUAUGGCUUCAUCAAUUGAAAAAUUAGCAAAAUCACUAAAAAAAGAAGAUUGUAAGCAUAUAAAUAAUUUUAUAAAAAAUGGAAAAGUUUUAAAUGAUAUUAUUAAAAGAGAAGAUAAUGAUGAAGAUCAAAUUUUUAAUAUUUUAAGUGGUAAAGGAAUAUUUCCAUAUGAGUUUAUUGAUGAUUUUGAAAAAUUAGAAUAUAAUAAAAUUUUAGAACAAGAUAAGUUUUAUAGUUGUUUAAAUCAUGAAAGUAUAAAUACAAAAGAUUAUUUACAUUAUAAAAUGGUAUGGAAUAAAUUAAAAAAUAAAAAUUUAGGAAAUUAUUCUGAUUUAUAUAAUAUACAAGAUGUAUUAUUAUUAGCUGAUAUAUUUGAAAAUUUUAGAGAUUGUUGUUUAAAUAAUUAUAAAUUAGAUCCUGCUCAUUAUCUAACAGCACCAUCAUUAGCAUGGGAUGCAAUGUUAAAACUUACAAAAAUAGAACUAGAUUUAAUACAUGAUUAUAACAUGUAUUUAAUGAUUGAAAAAGGAAUUAGAGGUGGUAUUUCACAAUGUAUAACUAGAUAUUCUAAAGCAAAUAAUAAAUAUAUAAAAAAUUAUAAUCCAAAUAAAAAACAAAAUUAUUUAUUCUAUAUCGAUGCGAACAAUUUAUAUGGUUGGGCCUUAUCACAAAAAUUACCAUAUAAAGAUUUACAAUUUAUAAAUUCAGAUAUUAGAAAUUUAGAUGAAUGGGAAGAUAUAAUUAAAAAUUAUGAUGAAAAUGAUGAUGUUGGAUAUAUUUUUGAAGUAGAUUUAAAAUAUCCAGAAGAAUUGCAUGAUAAUCAUAAAGAUUUACCUUUAGCUCCUGAACAUUAUAAAAAAAGAUUAUGUACAACUCUUUAUGAUAAAAAUAAUUAUGUUGUUCAUAUUAGAAAUUUAAAAUAUUAUUUAGAGAAAGGUAUGAUUUUAGAAAAUAUUAAUAGAGUUAUAGAAUUUAAACAAAGUAAUUUUAUGGAAAAAUAUAUAAAUUUUAAUACAAAUAUGAGAGCUAAAAGUAAAAGUGAUUUUGAAAAAGACUUUUAUAAACUUAUGUGUAAUAGUGUAUUUGGAAAAACGAUGGAAAAUGUAAGAAAUAGAUUAGAAAUAAAAUUAGGUGAUGAAGAAUCGUCAUAUAAAUUUUCUAAAAAAUCUAAUUUUAAAGGAUUCAAAAUAUUUGAUGAUGAUUGUAUUGCUACACAUUUUCAUAAACAAAAGGUUAAAUUUGAUAAACCAAUUUAUAUUGGAUUUUCAGUUUUAGAUUUAUCUAAAUUAUUAAUGUAUCAAUUUUAUUAUGAUAAAAUUAAAAAAUAUGAUCCAGAUGCUAAUUUAUUAUACAUGGAUACAGAUAGUUUCUUUUUAGAAAUGAAUAAAGAUCCUUAUGAAAUAAUAAAAAAUAAUCAAGAAGAAUUUGAUACAAGUGAUUAUGAUAAGAAUCAUGAAUGUUAUAAUGAUAAAAAUAAGAAAGUAAUUGGAAAAUUUAAAGAUGAAUUGAAUGGUAUACCUUUAGAAGAGUUUUGUGGAUUAAGAUCUAAAUGCUAUAGUUAUAUGUUUUCAAAUAAUAAAAAUGAAGUAAAAUGUAAAGGUAUUAAAAAAUGUUUAUUAAUGAAUAAAAAUAUAAAAUUAGAUGAAUUAGAUGAAAAUACUAAAAAUAGAUACAUAAAAAUGGAAAAUUUUAAGAAAUGUUUAUUUGAAGAUAAAGUAGUGUAUAGAGAAAUGAAUUGUAUUAGAAGUUAUAAACAUGAAUUAUACACAAUAAGUUUGAAUAAAUUAGCUUUAAGUUCAAAAGAUGAAAAACGAUACAUAUUAAAAGAUAAAAUAAAUACUUUACCAUGGGGUCAUAAAAAUAUAAAAUAAUAAAUAAUUUUUAAAAAAAUUUGGAGGAAUAAAUUUUUAAAAAAUAAUUUUUCAAUGAAAUGAUUUUUUUCAAAAAAUUAAUAUUUUGCUUUUUAGAUUAAUGAUGAACUAUUUAAACCAAAUCCUAAUUUUCUUUUAGCCCACAUUGUAGGAGCAAUAACUAAAUCCAUAACUCUUUCAUUUAAAGUAGCAUCUUUUGAAAAUAAACGAUUUAAAGCUUGAUCUUCUAAUUUUUCAUCAGCUAUCCAUCUUUGUUCUGGAGUUCUAUUAUUUGAAUAAAAUAUAUCAUGUUCCUUACAAAAUUCAUCAGUUGGAUUAAUUCCUUUAUCACCCCUUUCUAAUCUUUCUUUAAGUUUUGUUCCUGGACCACAAAAAUUUGCACCUGGAUAAUGUAACUCUAUAGGUAAAUUAUUUAUAAUAUCAUUAACUAAACCAGAUCCUAUAACAUUUUCAGGUAAUAAAGACAUACAUCUAAUUAAAUAUUUAGUACUAUUUGGUGUAUCUAUUAUUUCUGAAUAACUAGUACUAUAAAAGGAUUAAUAAGUUAUAAUAAUGGUCAUAAACAAACAUUAAAUAAUACUGGAUUCAUUUCAAAAUUUACUGGUGGAAAAUUUGAAGUUCUAUGUACAUUAGGACAAUUAGGUUUAGGAUUUUUUGAUCAUCUAAGAUAUCCAAUGUAUAAAGGUGGUUUUGAAAUAAUAUUCACUAGAGCUGAAGAUCAUGAUGCUAUCUUUAGAUGGAAAGAUACAACACAAGGGGCAAUUGAACCACAAGAAG